UGUGCGUGUAUUUUAUUCCUAUUCGUCCUCUUGGAAAAGAAGGGAAGGACUGUUUCGUUGCUGUUUACCGGGGAAGAAAAUCAGGGUUGCAAAACGAGGCGGUUAUAUUUGUAGGACCAGUGAAAAAAGAAGCUGAAGCUGGUUGUUAACGCUGGUGGGUGCAUUCUAAUCAUUAACAGCUUGCUGUAAGAAACAGCGCCCUCUCAAAGACAAGAGCCAAGAUGGAGGAGCAGCAACAAGAAAAAACACAUGUAGUUGACAGCAACUUCCCACUCUUCUCUAAAACCCCUAAACGCCCCAAACUCCAGAAAACCCAAAACCCUGAUGAAAGCCCUGAAAUCCCCAAACUCGAAAAAGAAGCCUCCUCAAACCCUAGUAACCCCGACUCCGCCGCCGCCAAAACCACUUUGUUUUCUGACCUUGGCCUCUCUGAAUGGGCACUUCAAACCUGCAAAGAACUUGGUAUGAAGAACCCAACACAAGUACAAUCCCACUGCAUCCCCAAAAUCCUCUCAGGCCGGGAUGUUUUAGGCCUGGCCCAAACUGGGAGCGGCAAGACGGCAGCUUUUGCUUUGCCGAUCCUCCACCGCUUAGCUGAAGACCCAUUUGGGGUUUUUGCUCUUGUGAUAACACCAACCAGAGAAUUGGCUUACCAAUUGGCAGAGCAGUUUCGUGCUUUCGGUUCUUGUUUGCAUUUGAGGUGUGCUGUUGUUGUUGGGGGUAUGGAUUUGUUGACUCAAGCUAAAACCUUGAUGGGGAGACCCCAUGUUGUUAUUGCUACGCCGGGAAGAAUUAAGGUUCUGUUGGAGAAUCCUGAUAUUUCUCCUGUUUUCUCUCGAUCCAGGUUUCUAGUUUUGGAUGAAGCUGAUAGGUUGAUUGAUGUUGGAUUUCAAGAGGAAUUAAGAGUGGUGUUCAAGUGCUUGCCGAAAAGUAGGCAAACUUUGCUUUUUUCUGCCACAAUGACAAGUGAAUUGCAAACGUUGCUUGAGCUUUCUGAAAAUAAGGCUUACUUUUAUGAGGAAUAUGAGGGUUUCAAGACGGUUGACACUCUUAACCAGCAGUAUAUUCAGAUGCCCAAGAAUGUGAAGGAGGUUUAUCUUGUUUACAUUUUGUCCAAAAUGGAAGAAAUGGGAAUUCGAUCUGCCAUAAUAUUUGUCUCUGCCUGCAGCACUUGUCGCCUUUUGAGUUCAUUACUGAAAGAGCUUGAUCAUGAACCUGCAACAUUGUACUCACUUGAAUCCCAGUCGUCUAGGCUUGCUUCAUUACAUCGGUUCAAAUCAGGACAAGCUUCUAUAUUAAUUGCUACCGAUCUUGCUAGUCGUGGUUUGGACAUUCCUACUGUUGAUCUUGUUAUCAAUUAUGAUCUUCCAAGGGAUCCUACAGAUUAUGUUCAUCGUGUAGGGCGUACUGCAAGAGCAGGCAGGGAAGGGCUGGCUGUGAGUUUAGUUUCUCAGCAUGAUGGAAAACUCAUGAAAGCUAUAGAAGCUGAAGUCGGAAAACAGUUCGAGAAAUUCGAGUAUAAAGAGAAUGAGGUCCUUUCCGAUAUUACAAAGGUUUACAAGGCUAGACGCGUCGCAAAAAUGAAGAUGAUGGAUGACGGCUUUGAUGAGCUAGUAAAAGAACGGAGAAAACAGAAACAGAAAUCCCUAGCAGAGAAGGGAUUGUUGAGGAAUAAAAAGAGAAAGAGGAAAAGUAAGGAUAUGUUGAGCUGAUGGUGGAUUACGUGUUGUGCCUCUUCUAAUCCCGCUGCAUUUUGCGAGCAGCAACUUUGUUGUGAAGUCAAGGCUGCCUUCCUCUAGAACAUUUCUUCAAUUUUAUUAUAGGUGAGAGAUUCUUUUCUUUGCAUGUUUUGAGCUCAUGGAAAUUAUGACCAGGACUAGGAGUAGUAUCCCUUGGAUAAAUUUGUGCAUGUCAAUUUACGCCCCCGUAAAUGACUAGGCAUCCAUGUGUCUGGCUAUUUUGAUCGAGUCUAUUUUAUAUGUUUAUUUAUAUUUGUAUUCACUAUUCAGUAAACUGCUAAAUAUUAAUUAUAUAUCUUUCUUGUAUCAGAA